UGCGGCUGCUCCCACUGUCACUCUGCACCCCAGCAAUGGACGUCCUAUUCGGCAGGAAUAAGAAAGAGCAGCUGGAGCCGGUGAAGGCCAAAGUCAGAGGCCAGAUUCCCCCAUGGCUGCAGGGUACCCUGCUGCGCAACGGGCCCGGCAUGCACACGAUCGGGGAGAGCAGAUACAACCACUGGUUCGACGGCCUGGCACUCCUGCACAGCUUCACCAUCAGGGACGGGGAAGUCUCUUACAGGAGCAAAUACCUGAGAAGUGACACGUACAACACCAACAUCGAGGCAAACAGGAUCGUGGUGUCGGAGUUCGGAACAAUGGCCUACCCGGACCCCUGCAAAAACAUCUUUUCCAAAGCUUUCUCCUACUUGUCUCAUACCAUCCCCGACUUCACAGACAACUGCCUGAUCAACAUCAUGAAGUGUGGGGAAGACUUCUACGCGACCUCCGAGACAAAUUACAUCAGGAAAAUCAACCCAGAGACCCUGGAAACCCUGGAGAAGGUUGAUUAUCGUAAAUAUGUGGCGGUGAAUAUGGCAACGGCACAUCCUCACUAUGACGCGGCUGGAAAUGUUUUCAACAUGGGCACAUCCAUCGUGGACAAAGGGAAGACAAAAUAUGUGAUGUUUAGGAUCCCUGCCGAGGUACCAGAAGCCAAGGGGAAGGGGAAGCGGAGCCCCUUGACACGGGCCGAGGUGUUCUGCUCCAUGCCCUCGCGCUCCCUGCUCUCCCCGAGCUACUACCACAGCUUCGGCAUCACCGAGAACUACCUCGUGUUCCUGGAGCAGCCUUUCAAGCUGGAUAUCCUCAAGAUGGCAACGGCGUACAUCCGGGGCGUGAGCUGGGCGUCCUGCAUGGCUUUCCACCCCGAGGACAAGACCUACAUUCACAUCAUCGACCAGAGGACCCGGAAGCCCGUGCCCAUCAAGUUCUACACGGACCCCCUGGUGGUCUUCCACCAUGUCAACGCCUACGAGGAGGACGGCUGCGUCGUGUUUGACAUCAUCGCCUAUGACGACAGCAGCCUCUACCAGCUCUUCUACCUGGCCAACCUGAACCAGGCCUUCGAGCAAAAUGCCAGGCUCACCUCGGCCCCCACCCUCCGGAGGUUUGCCCUGCCCCUCCACGGGGACCAGAAUGCAGAAGUGGGCUCAAAUUUGAUCAAGCUGACAUCCACUACAGCGAGAGCCCUGAAGGAGAAAGAUGACCAAGUGUACUGCCAGCCGGAAUUCCUAUAUAAAGGCUUGGAGCUACCGCGAAUCAAUUACUCAUACAACGGGAAGCCCUACCGAUAUGUGUUUGCUGCCGAAGUUCAGUGGAGUCCCAUCCCAACCAAGAUUCUAAAGUAUGACAUUCUCACAAAGUCAUCCUUAAAAUGGGAAGAGGAGGGCUGCUGGCCGGCAGAACCCCUGUUCGUGCCUGCUCCGGGUGCACAGGACGAGGACGACGGAGUUAUCUUAUCAGCCAUUGUCUCUACUGAUGCCCAAAAGCCGCCUUUUCUACUUAUUUUGGAUGCCAAAAGCUUUACAGAAUUGGCUCGCGCCUCCGUCGACGUGGAGAUGCACCUGGACCUCCAUGGGGUGUUCAUCCCGGACAAAGACUGGGUCACGCGGAAGCAGGUCCCCUCCCAGGGACCGCAGGAAGGGGCCCCACAGGCCUGAUGGUGUUGGGGCGCGGGCCCUGGGGGGUAGCUCAGCUGUUGGACCUGCGGUACUCGGAGGUGACGCCUCUCUGGGUGGAGGGGAAGUUCCUGGUUUGGCUUUUCAUUUCAGCUUUCUCUGGAUGUUUUGGUGAGGUCCUGGAGACAGAGCGUGUCAGAACCUUUUCUGUUAUUUCAUUUUAGCCAUGAAAACCCUAUUUGAAAGUCAUGUUUACUGACUAGCUCCAGUACCUCUAAGAAAGCCAUUCCCUUCCUGAUAAAGACCUUGACCGGGAAUCAGACAUUGUGCUAAAUCACAUUAUCGUUGUGAUGAGAACAAGCCACUGCUCACAUAUUAGGGAAGGGCAGCGUAAACAUUUAUCAUGCUCCCGCCUCCAUCUCUCUCUUCCCCACCCUCCCUCCCUCCCUCUAAUGGACUAAGUUGUGGGUCUGAGAGUUGCAGCUGCCUCACCCGAGCCCUGGUAGUAAGUCGGGGGACCAGGAAGGCAUGUUGCUUUGUGGCCA